GUUUGUCGAUGAAAAACUUUUACGUUAAAUUCUUCUCUUUCUUCACCACAUGUUUCGUCCAGGCAACACCAGCAUAGCGCGGGCCGGAGUAGGGUUGCAGCAGGUUCGUUACAAGCGGAGACUUGCGUACCCCAGAUACAACCCCCAAAACGUACCGAAACCCACCGGCAAGAAGGACCAUGCCAGUUUCUUCCAAAGAGCAUUAAAGGGAUUCUUGGGCCCCAAGAACAUACGGGGAGAGUACUACCGCAACAAGUACUACUACCCACCACAAAACCACAAGCCCAACUACAUUGUUCCCAACGGACAAACCGUGGUUGAUCUGACUUACAGAGAGGCUUUUCCUCCCAGACAAUUGACCCUGCCUGGACGCAAUCCUGAAUUGCACCCUUUCCCUCAGAACGCUGCAUGUCGUACCGCAUCGAUUAUUCCUGAUGAACUCAAGCAGAAGAUUUGCGACGACAUCAACGAAAACGGCAUGCAUGCCCAAGAGGUGGCUCACAAGUACGGGAUCAAGUUGGCUAGAAUCGAAGCUGUGUUGAGAUUGAAUUCCAUUGAAAAGCAAUGGCAACAAGAGAACAAGAUCUUCCCCGAUCUCGAAAACUUUGCCUCCGUCAUGUACAAGAUGUUCCCUCUCUACCAGCCACCACACGGUGCUGAUAACUUGACGGAAAUUCCUACUCCUCAUAAGACUUUGCAGCAGCGUUUCUUGACCAUUGCUGAGUCCGAGCCUUUUGGGCCUGUCGAUGCUGCCAAGAUCUUGGACCUUCCUGUUGCUAGAGAUACCUUGGAGGAGUUGUCGCAGGUCAACACCGAAGACUCGUCCAAGGAAGCUCUCAACAAGGUCAUUGUUGGUGCUCAAAGACAGGGCGAAAGAACUGCAUUCAAAUUCACUUCUCGUACCAGUGGCGACGUCGGAUUCCGUUACGGUGCUUCCAGAAGAGACAAGAGAAAGGACAGAUCCGUUGGAUUUGACGCCGAAGGUAGAAUGGUGUAUAUAUAAUUGUAAAUAGCUAAUGAGAAUGACAAAAGUAAUACCAUCAGUAUCAUCCAAAGUGCA